AUGCGGUUCUCAAUUAUCGCUAUUAUUGCGGGAGUCAUUGCUGCUUCAGCUGCGUUAGAGUGCUCCUGCCAAGUGAAAACAGUACAGAAGUCCUGUUGCGACAAGUAUGGAGGGAGCCUGCCGGUGACCGGAUACUGUGACGUCAAGGAUGCCAAUAGCAAGGCUUUCAAAGAUUGCUGCAAGGCACAAGAUUCAAAAGCACAAUGCUCCUAG